AUUAGAUCUAGAGGUUGGGAAUAGGAAACUACUGCCAACAAAUUGAACAGCUGUUUUUUUUUCCUUCUGUUUUUUCUUAAAAAAGAAAAAGAAAAAACCGUAGAAAUAUAAUAAUUUCCCCCCUUUGAUCGAAGACCCAGAUGGGGGUAUGAAACCAUAUUAAAACUAGUUACAUUAAUACAACUGACACCACCAACUACAUAAUAAAUUCUCAUUUCAACCGUUGAGACAAGCCAAGAAAGAGAGAGAGAGAGUAUCAAACACAGCAAAGAAGAAAAUAACUAAUACAUGGAGAUGGAGGUGAAUGAGGAAGAGGACGAGCAACUAAAUUUUACUACUAGUCCAAAUACUAAUAAUAUUUACUAUAAUAUGUUCCAAGGUUCAUAUGAUUUCAUUGAAGAUGUAGUAAGAGUUAUUCUUAGAUGCCUAGGUUUCGAAGAAGAAAACUCUUCUAAUUCAUCUCAAGCAUGUUGUACUUCUGCCGCACCUGCACCUGUUACUACUACUACUGAUGCUGCUGCUAUUGGUACGACUACGACUACUCCAGAUUUAGGUGGUUCGGAUGGUGGUGAUGCUGAUGAUUCAGCUGAAAUAGCAGAUAGUGGUGGACAAGAGAGUUCUCCUGAUAUCGGUGGCGGUGGAGGUGGUGAUGAUGAUGCGGGCACAGUAGCAGAUCCACCAGGAGCUGAUACGCCUUCCGUUGGAGCUUAUGUGUGAAUAGCAGGGACGUAUCGCAACAACAGCGGCUAUCAAGAAACCACCAAGGCCUCCAAUAAGUACCGGAAGAGGUGGGCAGAUUCACUAAAACAAACUCCCAACUUUCUCUUUGCUUCAUCAUCUGUUCUACCUCGGUCUCACCUAUACACUUGACAUUCCAUAUUCAAUGAUCAAGGGAGACUCAUAUCAACUUCUUUGGAAUUUUAUUUUUUGGUUGUGAAUGUGAAUGACAAAUUUAAGGAUACACUACUUAAAAUCAGACCUGGCUUGUCAAUUUAUGUACAUGCAAAGGUUUAUCAGAGACACCUCCCUCUCAAAAACACAUUUGUGUUCAAUAAUCUUAUGUUUGAGAUUUAGUUGAGUAGUACUCCAUCCAUUUCUUUUUAAUAGUUACACUUCGAGUUUUGACAAUAUUCACAAAUUUAUGUUUGAUUAUCAUUUGUAAUUAAUGGGUAAUGAAAAUUAUAGUCA